UAUAUAACGUUAGCCCUGCAUCCUCUUGCCUCUGGCCAAGACAGGUUUUCGUGCUACGUGGGAUGUAAAGAUUCAAUAUUUAUCUUGUAGCCUACUGGACCUGCACUGCGAGGUUACCAGCUCCAUCUUAGGCUGCCAGAUCCUAUUCCUGUCGGGCUUUUGUGUGUGGAUGGAUGGAAAGCUGUGGGGAGGAGGAGAGCAUAAAACAACGACAUCGCAACCCAGGAGCUACCGAGAGGACGGUAUGAUAGUCGUGGAGGGGAAACGGCAGGAAGAGGGCCCAUAUCUGCAUUAUACUUCGCCUAAACCUAAUUCAUUGAGUCGGUAACCAGCGUCCGACAUGGGGAAGGAGGUAAAUGGUGUUUCUCGGAGCCGGUUUGAGAUGUUCACAAACAGCGAUGAGGCGGUCAUCAAUAAGAAGCUGCCUAAGGAGCUGUUACUACGAAUCUUCUCCUUUCUGGAUGUGGUGACACUCUGUCGCUGUGCCCAGGUCUCACGGUCCUGGAAUGUUCUGGCCUUGGAUGGAAGCAACUGGCAACGAAUCGACCUCUUUGACUUUCAGAGGGACAUUGAGGGCCGGGUGGUGGAGAACAUCUCAAAGCGAUGUGGGGGGUUCCUUAGGAAGCUGAGCUUGCGAGGUUGCUUGGGUGUGGGGGACAGCGCCCUGAGGACUUUUUCGCAGAACUGCAGGAAUAUUGAGCUGCUUAGUCUAAACGGCUGCACCAAGAUCACUGACAGCACGUGUAAUAGCCUCAGUAAGUUCUGUCCAAAGCUGAAGCACCUGGACCUCGCCUCCUGUACCUCAAUUACCAACCUGUCACUCAAAGCUCUCAGUGAGGGUUGUCCCUUGCUGGAGCAGCUCAACAUCUCCUGGUGUGAUCAGGUCACCAAGGAUGGCAUCCAGGCCCUGGUGCGUUCCUGCCCUGGACUUAAAGGCCUUUUUCUCAAGGGAUGCACACAGCUAGAGGAUGAGGCUCUGAAGCAUAUCGGGGCUCACUGUCCAGAGCUGGUCACACUCAACUUGCAGACAUGCUCACAAAUCACAGAUGAGGGUCUCAUCACAAUUUGCCGGGGUUGCCACCGCCUGCAGUCUCUGUGUGUGUCUGGCUGUGCCAAUAUCACGGACGCCAUCCUGCACGCCCUGGGACAGAACUGCCCGCGCCUCAGAAUAUUAGAAGUGGCUCGCUGCUCUCAGCUUACAGAUGUGGGCUUCACUACAUUAGCAAGGAAUUGUCAUGAGCUUGAGAAGAUGGAUUUAGAAGAAUGUGUGCAGAUCACAGAUGGAACACUCAUCCAGCUGUCUAUCCACUGCCCUCGUUUGCAAGUCCUGAGCCUGUCUCACUGUGAGCUAAUCACUGAUGAUGGCAUCAGACACCUCGGCAGCGGCCCCUGUGCUCACGACCGACUGGAGGUGAUCGAGCUGGACAACUGCCCCCUGAUCACUGACGCCUCACUGGAGCACCUGAAGAGCUGCCAUAGCCUGGAUCGUAUUGAGCUCUAUGACUGCCAGCAGAUCACCCGCGCUGGCAUCAAGCGACUAAGGACCCAUCUGCCUAACAUCAAAGUGCAUGCAUACUUCGCUCCCGUCACUCCGCCCCCCUCCGUCGGAGGCAGCCGUCAGAGGUUUUGCCGCUGCUGUGUCCUGCUAUGAUGUAAAGACAACAACCCCUCCCUUUCCUGUCCCCGUGUCCCUCGUACACGCUCCUCGCAGCCCAUCACUUGACCCCUGACCUGCUGUCCCCCUACAGGCCCCCUGUCAUAGAGUACAUGCUGGUGUGUCCCCUCCCCUUUGGCGCUGCAGAGAGAGGGAGAGAGCCAAAUAACGCUACAGGGUCUCGGGUAACUUUCCCAAAAAAACAUUCCCGAUUCUCUCCACAACACACAUACACAACGAGCGUUUACACAUGCUGUUAUGCAGACACGCGUACAAAUACACAGAUCAACUCUUAGGAGAAUGUCAGAACAUUCCUGGUCUGUGAUCAAUAGACAAACCAGUAUUACAAAGAGGGUUAUGUAAAAAUCAAAUGUGAUCACCACCGUUAAGGGAUUUAACUCUUCAUCAAAUGAAGUGCAAAAGAAUUGUUUAAAGAAUUACAUCACAAGACCAUUGUGCCGUAUUUGAGAGGGAGUUACACUCUUAACUUAUUUAGUACUUUGAGACUGAUUACAGUUUUAGCCUUUAAACAGAAUAUUGAAAAGGUCAAACCUCUCACACAUACUUCCCUCGGUGUUGAAGGUCACUUAACCGCUACCUCUAGACGUGAACUGCACUUGAAUUUGACCUGUGAUAGCCUUGUUCUGCAGGCUGAUAAUUUUUAAAAAAGGGGCAGCGUUGCAGCCAGUAAACUGCGACACCCCCGACUCACACAUAGAAAGCAGCAGAAAGCCUAGUUUGUGAUUUUCUUUUUUAAAGCAUACCUGCAGCUCUUUGCACUUACAGUAAAGCAAUGAUGAUUACAAAGACCGCCAUCUCAGAAUUUAAAACUGGCAUUUUACUAACAACACCAAUACAACAUGUAUACACUGGGCUUGCUACACCUGUACCCUCACCUCUCUCUGUCUCUCUGUUACAAUCAGAAGCUUCAGUAUUGUGAUGGGGGGGGGGAAGACAAAGUUGAAUAUUUUUCUAAAAUGGACAUAAAUUAAGACUCACAAGUGGGGACUUGAGAAGAUGCCAAAUGUUGCAUGUAACACCUCUAGUUUUUUAAAAUCUAAUUGUAAAUAUUUGAGGACUGUGGAGUCCCGAGAGUGGAAGCCAGCUAAACCACAGGAGCCGAUAUGGGAUGGGGCAGAGAUUGCUGUCGAUGGGUCUUUCUGAGAGAACUAUGUUGAAGCUCACACAUGCUUGUUUAAUUACAGAUGUGUGUUGGAAUAUGUGCUGGAGCUCUGGACAGUCAAAAUGAGCUGGUACUUUAUCAAGAGUUUGACGGAUGAACUGAUGCUGGCCUGUGAUAGCUCAUGACAGCAAGUAUAUGAAAGUGGAAAAAAAAGUCUGUCAUCACUACAUGACUUCAUGCUGUCAGACAUUGACAAUGGAAAGAAAAAGCCAACUGAAAACAAUCAAAGUAAGUCUAUUUUUCAGUUAGUUUGAUUUCAUGUAGUUGCUCUUGGUUUAGCAUUGGUGACGAUUCUGUUGACAAGGAACUGGCGAACCACAUGCAGCGUUGGGAGGACAUGCCCGACGACGGAGUGGCAUUGGCGACUCCUUGUCUCCUAUGACGCCUUGCAGGGGACAGAGUGACAGCGUGUCACACCCUGCCACCUGUGACCUCGUCAGUCUGUCUGGGAUCUGCGAUGCUGCCGGAGGUAAAGACAGGAUCAGACCAGUGGAGUCACUGCAAGAGAAAGUCGACUGAAACGCACAAUUCUGGCCUGCUGAUGGAUUUGAUGGAGUCAUUUUUGUCACAACAGAGGGCUAUAAUGGACUUCAGCCCCCGCCCUAUGAAGUAUUGAAGCCUUUUCUUAUGGAUUAUCUUCUGCACUUGCACCUGCUUUUUUGUCUCUUUUUCUUCCCAUUUCAUUUUAUAAUUGUCUUUUGCUGCUUUUCUUUCUGAUUUCCUCGGGAUCUUUAUCUUUUCUCUCCCUUAGCAUUUCUGUUUUGGUGUGGUUUGGAUUGCGCCUGCUUUGUGUUUGAGGUCACGAGCUCAGUGUCUCCCAAGUUGAGUUUGCGUCCUCUUCCAGUCCUCAGUUUUGAUCUGAUGGUGUUUGUGUUUUUAUUAAGAGUUUAUUGUUACUCAAUGUCCAGAGUGUAGCCUUUGUCCAGGGGAAGCGCUGGCGCCAGUGCAAUUGUAAUAAAUGUUCAAAUUUGAGUUAGAUUUUUUAAAAUGUUGAGUUGAGGAGGAGUUCACAAUGACAUUUAUGAUGUAGGUUGUACUUAUUGAAUGUUUCCAUCAAGGAGAAGUCCUCAGGAUGACUGUUCAGGCAUUGUGUGCCACGUUAGCAGAAUCGGAUUUUUCUCCCAUAAGCGUGCUUUCCUCUCCUUUAUUUUCUUUCUUUUUUUUUAUGCCUUGCUUUUCCAAAUACCCCCUCCCAUAAUGCAACCUUCCUUAAUCCAUCAAACAUGACAGAAAUUGGCAAACCCAGUGUGGAACGCUGAUCACUCUCUCAAAUGUCCCCGUUCUAGUUUAAGAUGCACGCCAACAGGCAAAACACUGAAUAAUGAUUGUGUAUAGUUUGUGAUUUGACAGCUAAGGCAGGCAGGAUAAUACAAGCUGAGAUGAACCCAGUGUAAUCCAGUCUGAUCUGUUUUGUUUGAAUGGGGCUUUACAAGGGAUUAGGGAACAACUAAGAGUCAAAAUGGCGGAGAUAUCUAAAGUACUCUGGUACUGUGAUCCGGGGUUAAGACAGUUAACUGGAGGAAAAAGGAAAAGUCGGAGGAUUUGGACUAUGAGCCUGUUUGUAACACCUGCUUUCCCUCUUCAUGCACGGGCUGAGUCUUCAGUGCAGUGGACAUGUGCUUUUAUGGCAAAUACUUUGAAUGGAUUACAGGUAAUAAUACUCAACCCGCUCUUGAUGGUUUUAUAUGUACAAAAGAAAUAACCUGUCAUCAGUCUUUUCAUGGUACAAAAUACACUACAGGCUCUACAAAGCUAAACACCAGACUUAAUUGCCUCACAGUUUCAAACACCUCUGUGUCCUUCUGUCAGGCCUUCCACCAGUUCAUAUGGAAGUGAAGCCACUACGUUCAGGAUUAGUUUGUUUCAUACACAUUAGGUCCCAAACACUGAAGUAAGGUUGGGGAUUAGGACAGAGGGCGAAUCUACAAUGUGUGUACAAGGCAGAUUGACACCUGAGAAAUUUCAAAAACAAUUUUGACAAUGACUGUAGUUCAUAUAAUUACUGUAAAUCUUUUCCCUUUUUUCCUUUUCUUUUUGUUUUUUUACAAUUAACUGAUAUAAAUGAAUAUGUACGUAUGAAUAAAUAUAUACCUAUAUUAUUAA